CCUCUUUCCCCUUUUGCUUGCAAGAAAGCCAGCAAUUCGGAGUUUGCAAACGGGGCGGUGGGCGCAUUGCAAGCGGAGCUGCGCGGGAUCCUACAAGGAGGCAUGCAAAGAGCGCUGCUCUCCGGCGGCCGCCUUGCUUGGACCCCCUUGGCGAGGAUGAGCAGCGGGGGCCCGGCCGGCCGCUCCCUGGCCGAGAAAGUGGCCCUGGUGACGGCUUCCACCGAAGGAAUUGGCUUAGCCAUCGCACGGCGGCUGGCACAAGACGGGGCACACGUGCUGGUGAGCAGCCGGAAGCAGGCCAAUGUGGACCGGGCGGUAGCCGAAUUGCAGGCCGAGAAACUCAGCGUGUCGGGGUCCGUGUGCCACGUGGGGAAGGCGGAAGACAGGCGGCGCCUCGUGGACACGGCCGUUGAGCGCUACGGGGGAAUUGAUAUUUUGGUCAGCAACGCAGCCGUGAACCCAUUUUUCGGAAGUAUAUUGGACGCCUCCGAGGAAGUCUGGGACAAGAUAUUGGAUAUCAACGUAAAGGCCACAGCACUGCUAGCCAGCCUGGUAGUUCCUCAUAUGCAGAAAAGGGGAAGCGGAUCCAUCGUCAUCGUAUCAUCCCUGGCUGGAUAUAUGCCAUUUCCAAGCCUCGGGCCUUACAACGUCAGUAAGACGGCCCUCCUGGGUUUGACACGCAACCUGGCCAGCGAACUGGCCCCGCACAACAUCCGUGUCAACUGUCUGGCGCCCGGCCUCAUCCGCACAAAAUUCAGCUCGGCUUUUUGGCAGGACGAAAACGCAGAACGCGGAAUAUUGGAAAACAUGCGAGUAAAGAGGAUCGGAGUCCCAUCAGACUGUUCGGGCAUCGUCUCUUUCCUUUGCUCCGCCGAUGCCGAGUACAUCAACGGGGAGACGGUGGUGGUGGCUGGUGGCGCCUCUUCCCGUCUUUAACCAGGAGAUCGUGGUGUCUACCGUCGUUCAGCUAUGACGACGGAUCAGAUAAUCGCACAAGGGGGACCUCAGAAAAUAAGAUGUGGGGGUGAUUGGGGAUGGUGUCCCAGCUGGGAUGGUGGUUGGGUCAGCUUCAAAGGGAGAAGGAGGUCAACUUUCUUGAGAAGAAGUGAUGACCACCAAAACAUGGACCUCCGGCUACCUAGGUUUGGGCGGGUGGGUGUCUCCUGUUGGAUUUUAGGUGGAAAACAACAACCGUCGGAUUGUAGGUGGAAAAUACCGUUGCGCACGACUGAGGUUGAAGGACUCUCGCACACACGUGCGUGCAAGGAGACACCCAACUCCCCAUGCACAAGCUCGCUCCGAGCUGCGUUGAGUGAAAGGUGGCUAGUUUUUGAUCCUGGUUUGUUUGAAACGUCAUCGUCGCUCUUGGAGGUUGGGGAAGGGAGAUGUGUGUGGGAGUGGGCUUCUUGGGAAA